GGAAUCUGCUUCAGAAACACUUGCCUUCUCCAGCCUCUCUCUACUCGAGUCAUCAUUCAAAAUGAGCAAGAUCAUUGUUUAUAGUGAAGAAGCCUUUGAGGGCAGAUCAGCUGAAUUCAAGUAUGAUGUCCACAACUUAGAAGAGAAGGGCUUCAACAACGCCAUCGCCUCCAUAAAAGUCAUUGGCGAACCAUGGGUGGCGUAUUAUGACAAGAAUUUUGCAGGAAAGCAGCGGGUUUUUGAAGAAGGAGAGUACGCCACCCUUGAAGACAAAGGACAGUUUUCUUCCCUCAAGAAGGUCACAGAUGAUCUGACCAACCCUAAAAUCCAGCUGUUUGAGCACAUUAACUAUACAGGAAGAAGCGUGACCCUACGCAAUGAAACCAAUCUCCACGACAUUGCUUUCAGUAACAUAGCUUCGUCACACAAAGUGAUAGGUGGAGUCUGGGUUCUGUACGAGCACACCAAUCGUCGGGGUUCCCAGCUUGUUUCUUUCCCUGGCGAUCAAGUUUCCAACUAUGUGCCGCUCUCCUUCAACGAUGUGGCCAGCUGUGUGCGUCCCUUGCUGCCUAGGCCAUAGACGGCAUCAUUCAAAGUCCGCUUUCUGCAGCUGAAUAUUAACCGGAUCCCUUCUGGAAAGAACGAGGCAGGUGGUGGGGAAAGACUGAUCUGGACCAGAAACAAUGACUGUGACUCCAAUAAGUCUGAAGAAACUUCAUGCAAUUAGACUCAACCAUAUCAUUUGAGGAUAUCUGUGUAAAGACACACUGUACAUGUUAAUUAGGCAAAUGUUAUAUAACAAGGAUGAAUUUUAUUUGAAAAGGUUUUAAGCUGCUGGUUGUUUGGCUUUUCAUCAGAAGCGAUCAGUAUCAGUAAACAAAUGCAAUGAAAUACAGUUUUGGAAUUGUUACGGAUCUACUACAGAUCUAUUGUAUUUGAAUGUAUUUCCCCUGUUUGAUGAGAGUGAAAUAUUCAAAGGGAUUUUGGAUUUAUAUUAUGCUGAGAAAGAGAUAACGAAUGCUAUUUUAAUCUGUCAACUCAGAAAAUAAAGACUCUGAAAUAUCGUAA